CAGGCAAUGCAAGGGUCAGAGUCAGACACAGUCUUCUUCCCUUUGUGUGUGCCUGCCUCCCCCAUCUCCAUUCAUUCAUAAAUAAAAGCAAACCCCUUUCCACUUUCCAAUUCAAUUCAACUUUCUCUUUUCAUUCCAAUUCACUUCAAAACCAAAACACCACACGCAACUUCAAUUCAAUUCACACCAAAACACAUUAACAAAAAUGACAUCCUCAUUCCCUUCUUGCUUCCGCCCUUCCCCAACCACUGACCACUCUCCUCCUCCUCUUCCGCCGCCGUCACCACCUUCCACCAACCCCAACCUCUCCACCUAUCUCUACAACACCGACAUAGGCCCAGUUUCCCUCACCUGGUCACGCUCCAUCAUGGGUCGCUCCCUCCACGUUCACCUCCACCACCACCCCUUCGAUUCCCCUCUCCCUCUCUCCUCCUCCUCCUCCUCCUCCUCCUCCUCCUCCUCCUUCCGCCUCCACAUCAAGCCCUUCAUCUUCUGGAAAAAGCACGGCACCAAGAAGCUCUCCCCCAACACCCACCUCUUCUGGAACCUCUCCAAGGCAAAAUUCGGGUCAGGACCCGAACCCAACUCCGGCUUCUACGUCGCGGUGGUCGUCGACAGCGAGAUGACCCUCCUCGUCGGCGAUUCCAGUAGAGACGCCUACACCAAAUCCAAAGCCCACGAACCAAAAACCGGUCAAUCGCUUCUGCUGAAGAAGGAACACGUCCUCGCCAACAAAAUCUACACCACCAGAGCUAAAUUCGGUGGUAGAAUGAGAGAGAUUCAGAUCGAUUGUGACAGUUCAAGGCUCUGUUUCAGCGUCGACGGUGAGAAAGUGAUGCAGAUUAAGCGGUUGAAGUGGAAAUUCAGAGGGAACGAGAGAGUGGAAGUUGAUGGGGUUCCGAUUCAGAUCUCAUGGGACGUUUACAAUUGGCUGUUUCAGAAGGAUAACAGUGAUGGGCACGCCAUUUUCAUGUUCAAAUUCGAGGAGGAAGAAGAAGAUGAAGAGGAUCAGCGAGGGAAAGAGAGGAAUCUGGUGAAUUUGUGGACGCACCAGAACUUGAAUUUGGGGGUUUCUGAAUGGGGGAAAGUUGGGUCGUCUUCGUCAGCGUCAAUGGCGUCUUCCGGUGGGUCUUUUGGCGGCAGCUCCUCCGUGAUGGAAUGGUCCAGUGUGGAGGAGAAUGAGUUGGUUGUUCCCAUUGGGUUUUCUUUGCUUGUUUAUGCUUGGAAACGAUGAACACUGUUUUCUUUUACUUUUUCAUUCAUGUUGUAUGAUUAAUUACUAGUGACAUGCAACCGUUUUUUGAACGGGUGACGACAUUCGUUAAAAUUAGGUCGGCGAUUAAUUAGUGAGUGCUGCUAACCCCAUACUAACCCAUUUGUUUGGUGAACAUAGAGAUUAAAUAAAUCUAGUUUAGGAAGAAGAUGAGUUGAUAGCAAUAGUAGUUGGAGAGAGUAGUUUGAGAUCUUUGUAAUUCUUUGAUUUCCUUUUUCUUUCCACUUGCUAGAUGUGGAGCUUAUUGGAGUGUGAUGUAGUAUAAACUCAAUUUGCAGUUAUCAUGUCUUGAAAAUCAUAUUGAUUAAUGCAUAGUUGAACAAAUUAAAUUA